CCUGCCCAGGACUCAGUCAGUGUCUCCGUUCCUCCAACAACUCUGCCAGCUUAAGAUACCUUCAGAAUCCUGCAGCUAACAUGGCCACCGAGAAGAGGCUGUCUGCGAGGCGUAAGCAUACUCUGAAGAGCUGUAUGCUGGUGGUGGCGAACAAUUUGUUGGAAGCUGAAGCAACAGCAAAAGCUGGGGAGAGGGAGAAAUUCCUGGCAGAGAAAUGUCCUCCUUUGGAGUUGCCUUACUCCAAGGAUGAGCUUGUGGAACUUUGCCAGAAACUUCAUGAGCAAAUUGACAUCAGUGAAGAGGAGAGAUACUGCAUGGAGUUUAAACUCAACAUGGUACUGAAUGAGGUCAGAGACCUUAACAUUAAGAUUGUGGAUUUGAGGGGAAAGUUCAAGAGGCCCCGGCUGAAGAAAGUGCGUAUGUCGGCUGACGCCAUGCUGAAAGCUCUGUUGGGCUCCAAACACACAGUCAACAUGGACCUGAGGGCCAACCUGAAGCAGGUCAAGAAGGAGGUGAAAGAGGAGGACAAGCAGUUGCGUGAUGUUGGUGACUGGCGUAAGAACAUUGAAGACAAGUCUGAUAGGAAGAAGAUGUUUGACAGUUAAAUAUGAUUUGUCAUCUGCUGUUGGAAUUCAGGAGAGACUUUCAGGACAGAAUUCCGGUCUAAUGUCUUUGUAACUGAAGAGUUUUACCCCAAAAUGCUGACUAUUCACCUUCAUUUUGUUUUUUUGUUGAGGUUCCAUUUGGAGACAAAUUGUAAUUCUUCCUAAGCGUUUGUUGUGGUAUAGUAUGUGAUAAAUGGCCUUUAUCUAGUCAGUUGGAUUACAGGUACUUCUGUUUAGAGUAUGAGUUAAGUUGAGUUUCCAAAAUGUGAAAAAUUUGUAAUGUGCGCUGAGAUUGACAGUUCUAUAGUUUUUGAAUAUCUCAAUUUGGAGGAAACUCUUCAGUUGAAUCUAAGCUGCCUACUGCUUUUUCCUGUAUUAAAACUUUACUGUGAUGUAUUUGUACUGAAUGUACUGCUGUCAGUUAGUACAUGACUGAGGAAACUAUCCUAGGUUUCAUCUGUAAAGACUGACUUAUACUUCUGUAUCAAAAUACUGGUGAACCUACAAUGCAACCUUUUCAACACUAGUCGGUGUGUUUCCAUUGUUCCGUGAAAAGAGUUUGAAUGAAUGAACUGUGAAAUGUCGCUCAAGCUUCCAGUGAUACAUGAACACAUCCAUGAACAGAAAUAUCAUAUUUCCGCAAUGCUUUUGCAUUCGUCUUCAACAGUUUAGUGACACCAAACUGGAGAGUUAGUAGUUAAUCUCUUCAAACCAUCUCAUACUAUUAAAUGAUUUGCAUUUUUCUUUGCAGAUUUUUGCAAAAUUCUUCAGAAGUGAGAAAGAAUUACACUAAUGUUCAAAAGUUUGGGGGUCACUUAGAAAUGUCUUUUUUGAAAGCAAAACCUUUUUUUUCAAUGAAGACAAUAAUAUCUUAAUAAGAAAUACAGUCUAGACAUUGUUAAUGUGGUAAAUGACUAUUCUAGCUGGAAAUGGAUGAUUUUUCAUGGAAUAUCUACAUCGGGGUACAGAGGCCCAUUUCUAGCAACCGUCACUCCUGUGAUCUAAUGGUACAUUGUGUUAGCUAAUGGUGCUGAAAGGCUAAUUGAUGAUUGGAAAAUGCUCUUGCAAUUAUGUUAGCACAUGAAUAACAGUGUGAGUUUUCAUGGAAAACAUGAAAUUGCCUGGGUGAGCCCAAACUUUUGAACAGUAGUGUAAAUUUGAAUGGAAACCUAGCUCAUUGUGUCUCUACAGACACAAAGGUGGCUGCACUGCAACAGUCUGUUGCUAUGAAAUCAAUUCAGGCACUGUGAUCAGGUUACUUCCAAUCUGCAAUUGUGGCUCUUUUGUUGCAGAAGUAUAAAUCAGUGGACAAUUUGUACUAAACAACAUGUUCAUUCAUUUUCAUGUUUCUAAAAGAAAGUGUGUUGCUAUUUCCUCAUAUAUUUAUGCUGUUACAUUAAAUACAAAUGCUUCAUGUUCA